CUUCCUGCAGGCGGAGGGACAAGCUAGCUACACGAUGGUCCAGGGGGCAGUGAUCCAUGUGGCCCCAGAGCAGCCCACCUAUGCUGUGUGUGUGCUGGGCACCGAGACUCAGCUGGACGUCUACAGCUCUGCCCCCCAGGGCUACACAUCCUUCAGCAUCAGCGCCUCCCCAGGAGUGGGCGUAGAUGUUGCCCACAGUCCUCCAGCCAAGAAGAAUCCCACGGGUUCCUCCGCAUGGCCCCUGGGCCCUGGGCUGGAGGUGAACCUGACGGUGAGAGCUGCCAGCAGUAGCACAGGUGACCAGAAGGUUCAGAUUUCAUACUAUGGACCCAAGACUGCCCCAAUCCAAGCCCUGCUCUACAUCACCGGGGUCGAAAUCUCCUUGAGCGCGGACAUCUCCCGCACUGGCAAAAUGAAGCCAACAGGAGGCAAGAAAGAUCAGAGGACUUGGACCUGGGGCCCUCGUGGGCAGGGUGCCAUCCUGCUGGUGAACUGUGACAAGGACAAUCCCGAUUCUUCCACUGUGGACUGCAUGGAUGACCAGGUGUUUGACAGCCAAGAUCUGCAGGACAUGUCCCUGGUGACCCUGAGCACGAAGACCCCCAGGGACUUCUUCAGCAAGCAUCAGCUGAUGCUCCACGUGGCCAAAUCUGAGAUGGACAAAGUCAGGGUGUUUCAAGCCAGUUCAGACAAACAGCCCUCCAGGUACAACAUGGUCGUGGGGCCGCAGCAGCCCUCUCACCCGCUGGAGCUCCCUGGCGGCCAGCACAGCACAGACUUCUACGUGGAGGGCCUGGCUUUCCCAGACGCCAGCUUCCAGGGGCUCGUCUCCCUCAAGCUCUCCCUGCUGGACACGUCCAACCCGGAUCUCCCCGAAGCCCUGGUUUUCCAGGACAGUGUGGUCUUCCGCGUGGCCCCCUGGAUCAUGACCCCCAACACUCAGCCCCCGAAGGAGGUGUAUGUGUGCAGAAUAUUGGAAAACGAGGACUUCCUGAAGUCAGUGGCUGCUCUGGCCAAGAAAGCCAGGUGCAAGCUGAUCGUCUGCGCCAAGGAGGAGAGCAUGGAUGACCGGUGGAUGCAGGAUGAGAUGGAGAUCGGCUACAUCCAAGCCCCACACAAAACGAUGCCCGUGGUCUUUGACUCCCCGAGGAACCGAGGCCUGAAGGAUUUCCCCGUCAAGUGCAUGCUGGGUCCAGAUUUUGGCUACGUGACUCGAAUGCCCCAAGCAGGGAAGGUGACUGACCUUGACUCCUUUGGGAACCUGGAAGUGAGCCCCCCAGUCACCGUCGGGAAGAAGGAGUAUCCCCUGGGGAGGAUUCUCAUUGGGGACAGCGGUUACCCCAGCAGGAAAAGCCAGGAGAUGAACCAGGCCCUGCAGGAUUUCCUCAGUGCCCAGCAGGUGCAGGCCCCUGUGAAACUCUAUUCCGACUGGCUGUCUGUGGGCCACGUGGACGAGUUCCUGAGCUUUGUUCCAGUGCACAAGAAGGGCUUCCGGCUGCUCCUGGCCAGCCCCAGGUCCUGCUACAAACUAUUCAAGGAAAAGCUCGAGGAGGGCCACGGGGAUGCUCUGCUGUUCCAAGGCGUCAAAAACAAACGCCAACAGAAAAUCAAGGACAUUCUGUCAAACAAGAAAUUGAGAGAACAUAAUUCAUAUGUGGAGAGUUGCAUCGACUGGAACCGGGAGGUGCUGAAGCGGGAGCUGGGCCUGACGGAACGGGACAUCGUGGACAUCCCCCAGCUCUUCAGGCUCCAAAAAGACUUAACAGGGACCCUCAAGGCCGAAGCCUUUUUCCCAAACAUGGUGAACAUGCUGGUGCUGGGGAAGCACCUGGGCAUCCCCAAGCCCUUCGGGCCCAUCAUCAAUGGCCGUUGCUGCCUGGAGGAGAAGAUGUGUGCCCUGCUGGAGCCGCUGGGCCUCCACUGCACCUUCAUCGAUGACUUCACCUCGUACCACGUUCAGCAGGGGGAUGUGCACUGCGGCACCAACGUACGCCGGCAGCCUUUCUCCUUCAAGUGGUGGCACAUGGUGCCCUGAGCCCAUCCCUCUGCCCUGUCCUCUCCCUUGAGAAGCUCCUGGUCAGAGGCUCUGGUCCCCUGCAGUGUGUCAGGGAAAGAGCUCUUCGGGACAUUUUUUACCCCGGGGCAGGGGGCACUCUCCAGGCAGCAACUUGAUUCCCUCCCCUGUGCGCUGGCCCCUGGAACCCUCACCAAAGAUCCCAAGAUGGUCCUGGCACUGAAAACCCAGUUCUGUGAGAAGCUGCAAUAAAGUCUAAUCACUUUGUAC